AUGGAUUUGGCGGCGAAGCGGCGGCAGCUGGAGGAGAUUCGCGCCGCACGGGAGGCAAAGCAGCGGUCUGUGCAGCAGCAGCUCCAGCAGCGGCAGCAGCAGAGCAGUCGUCAAAAAACGUCCGCCGCCGUCGUCGCCUCCUCCUUUGCGUGCAGCAGCACCCCCAAAUCGUCGAUGACGUCCUCCGUGGGCGGUGAGCCUUUGCAGCGGGCGGUGUCCUUGUCGUCGGUGGCAAGCGCACGGGAGGAGCCACACGCGAGGAAUUUGCAGGCGGCGUCCCCCUGCAUGUACCGGAAGGCCGCCCGUUUUACCGUCCUCACGGCUCUCCUUUAG